AUGGAGAAAGUAAUCACAACCGAGCGACUCUCGCAGUUGCGAGAACUCAUGAAGCGCAACAAGGUAGAUAUCUACAUUGUGCCUUCGGAAGACAGCCAUCAGAGCGAGUACAUAGCACCUGCCGAUGCUCGUAGAGAAUACAUCUCUGGCUUCUCUGGUUCCGCUGGAACUGCUGUCAUCACUCAUGACAAGGCCGCUCUGGCCACAGACGGAAGAUACUUCAACCAAGCUGAAAAGCAACUCGACGACAAUUGGACUCUGCUCAAACAGGGCCUUCAAGAUGUACCUACUUGGCAGGAGUGGUCCGCCGAGCAAGCAGAAGGCGGCAAGACUGUUGGUGUUGACCCGACCACCAUCACAGCUCCCGAUGCGCGCAAGCUCUCCGAGAAGAUCAAGAAAAAGGGCGGCAAAGACCUCAUCGCUGUCAAGGAGAAUCUCGUAGAUUCGGUCUGGGGCUCAGCAAGACCUGCUAGGCCGAACGAGAAGGCUGACGUCCUCACUCUCGACUUUGCCGGCAAGAAGUUCCAGGACAAGAUCGAAGACAUCCGCAAAGAUUUGGAUAAGAAGAAGAGCGCCGGUUUCGUCGUCUCGAUGCUCGACGAGGUUGCCUGGCUAUACAAUCUACGUGGAAGCGACAUCCCCUACAACCCCGUCUUCUUCUCCUACGCCGUGGUCACCCCAACGACCAGUACUCUCUACAUCGACGACUCGAAGCUCACUGCUGCCGCAAAGACACAUCUCUCAGGCGUUGAGGUCAGACCCUACGAAUCUAUCUUCACCGACAUGGAAGCUUUCUCGUCGUCUUCGACUGGAGAUAACAAGUACCUCGUUUCCAACAAAGCUUCUUGGGCUCUGUACCAGGCACUCGGUGGAGAGGACAAGGUCGAAUUGAUACGCAGUCUGAUUGGCGACGCUAAGGCUGUCAAGAACGAGACCGAGAUGAAGGGUAUGCGCGAAUGCCAUAUUCGUGAUGGUGCUGCUUUGAGCGAGUUCUUUGCAUGGCUUGAAGAUCGACUGGUCGGCGAGAAUGCCAAGAUUGACGAGGUCGAGGCUGCUGACAAGCUGGAAUCGAUCCGCUCAAAGCACAAGCACUUUGUUGGUCUCUCAUUUGACACGAUCUCUUCAACUGGCGCGAACGCAGCUGUAAUCCACUACAAGCCAGAGGUUGGCGCAUGCAGUGUCAUCGAUCCCAAGGCGGUAUACCUUUGCGAUUCGGGCGCUCAAUACCUUGAUGGUACAACCGACACAACUCGUACCAUGCACUUCGGCGAGCCGACAGACAUGGAGCGUAAAGCAUACACUCUCGUCCUCAAGGGUCACAUUGCAUUGGACAAUGUCAAGUUCCCCAAGGGUACUACUGGGUAUGCGAUUGAUGUUCUAGCUAGACAGUUUCUCUGGGCCGAGGGACUCGAUUAUCGUCACGGCACUGGUCAUGGUGUAGGGUCUUUCCUCAACGUUCACGAGGGACCUAUCGGCAUUGGCACUAGAGUUGCUUACAGCGAGGUACCGCUGGCUGUCGGCAAUGUCAUCUCGAACGAACCUGGAUACUAUGAGGAUGGCGCUUUCGGUAUCAGAAUAGAGAACAUGUUUAUGGUGACGGAAAAGAAGACGACGCAUCAGUUCGGCGACAAGCCUUACCUGGGCUUCGAGCAUGUCACAAUGACACCAAUGUGCAAGAAGCUCACGGAUGCAUCGCUUCUCAGCUCGGAGGAGAAGCAGUGGUUGAACGACUACCACUCAAAGGUGUAUGAGAAGACGAAGGGAUACUUCAGCCAAGAUCAGAGAACGAUGAAGUGGCUCGAAAGGGAAUGCGCACCGUAUUAG